AGUGAUUGGAGGAGCCUCCUUCUGAGUGUUUGCUCGGCUAAGCAGGAAAGCCAAGAGCAGAGGCAAGGCUCCUCCCUUCCUAGGAAACGAAACCAUCAGCAGCCCGGGCUCAGCCGGCAGACAAAAGCUAACAGGUUCCAGAGCCAGCUCUGCCUCCCCUGCCUCUCCCGGCCCGCCGCGAGCAUCAUGGAAGACCUCAGAAAUAUCCCAGCCAGGCAUCUGGACAAGUUCAUCGAAGACAAUCUUCUGCCAAACACCUUUUUCCGCAUGCAGGUCAAACAAGCUGUCAACAUCAUCUGCAGCUUCCUGAAGGAGAGGUGUUUCCAAGGUGCUGAUCACCCUGUGCGGGUGUCAAAGGUUGUGAAGGGUGGCUCCUCAGGCAAAGGCACGGCCCUCAGAGGCCGAUCUGACGCUGACCUCGUUGUCUUCCUCGUCAAUCUCACAAGUUUUCAGGAGCAGUUAGAGCAGCGGAAAUACUUCAUCCAGGAAAUUAAGAGACAGUUGGUAGCCUGUCAAAGAGAGAAAACAUUUCGUGUGAAGUUUGAGGUCCAGAGUUCCUGGCUGAACCCCCGUGUGCUCAGCUUUGUGCUGACGCCCCCCGACUUCAAGGAGGGGGUGGAGUUUGACGUGCUCCCCGCCUUCGACGCCCUGCGACAAGUGACUGGAGGAUACAGACCUGAUCCCCAAAUCUACAUCCAGCUCAUCGAGGAGUGCACCAGACAGAACACAGAGGGCGAGUUCUCCACCUGCUUCACGGAGCUGCAGCGAGACUUCCUGAAGCAGCGUCCAACCAAGCUCAAGAGCCUCAUCCGCCUGGUCAAGUACUGGUACCAGAGGUGUAAGGAGAGGCUUGGGAAGCCAUUGCCACCACAGUAUGCUCUGGAGCUCCUGACAGUCUACGCUUGGGAACAAGGAAGCCAUCAAAAAGAAUUCAGCACAGCCCAGGGAUUUCGGACCGUCCUGGAAUUAGUCCUGAACUAUCAACAGCUUUGCAUCUGCUGGACAGUAUAUUACAACUUUGACAAUGACAUUAUUGGACAGUACCUGAAAAAUCAGCUCAGGAAAUCCAGGCCUGUCAUCCUGGACCCAGCCGACCCCACAGGAAAUGUAGGUGGGAAAGACCUAGAGGGCUGGCGGCGGUUGGCACAAGAGGCUAGAGCCUGGCUGAGUUAUCCGUGCUUUAGGAAUGGGGAUGGAUCUGCAGUGUGUUCCUGGGAUGUGCCGGUGACCUGUGCUCACGCAGAAGAGGACUGGAUAUGCAUCAUCCUCUGAACUCCAGUGCAACAAGGGGGAAGGGCCUCCAGAGUCUGGGGGCCAGCCCACCAGCUUCCACGUGGGCCCCUUGGUUCAGAGAGGGCAAAGGACUGCCCCAAGGUUACAGUGAGCUGGUAUCAGAUCAAGCACCAGAAUCCAGGUCUCCUGA